AGUAGCUGGAGGAUCUAGCCAGUACAAUAAGACAGAAAAAGAUACAAAGCAUAUUAGCAUUGUAAUCCAAGGGAAGAAUUUUCUAGUGCUCUAUUAUGAGAAUCAUAAUAUAAUAAAUAAUUAUAAAAUUAGAAUUUGCAGAGAUUUUAACCUAGGCUGCUAGACUAAGGGUUCAUAUUUUUAAUUACCUUAACAUGUCCUUUUAAGUAAUAUUCAAAGGCAAUUCAGGCUUUAAAUAUUUGUCUGUGACACAUUUUCAGACUCAUGCUACUAAGGCUGGAGGAAAUACUCUGAGUAUUCUCCACAGAUAUAGAAGUUCAGAGGACCCUGACAUGGCCCGGAAGCACCUCGUCUCCAGCGAUGAUACCUGUGAGACUGCGUGGCUGACGGCCGGGAUAGGAGAAGGCCCAGUGCCCAAAAUCUCGGUGGGCGAUGCUUGAGUGUGGCCUGCACCAUGGCCACCUCUGCUGCCUUCUCGGAGCAUUUCGAGAAACUUUACCAGAUCUUCCGCUGCCUCCAUGAAGACCUGCAAGGGGUGCCAGAGCAGCUCCUGGGGACAGCAGGGGCAGAAGAAAAGAAAAAGCUGAUCAGAGAUUUUGAUGAAAAGCAACAGGAAGCAAAUGAAAUGUUGGCAGAGAUGGAAGAGGAACGACAUUAUGCACCUCUGUCUUUCUGUAACCCUAUGAUGUCUAAGCUUGGAACCUACUGGAAAGACCUUGCUAUACUCCAUCGGGAAGUGAGAAGCACACCUUUGACAGCCACACCUGGGGGCCGAGGAGACAUGAAAUAUGGUACAUACGCUGUAGAGAAUGAGCAUAUGAAUCAGCUACAGUCUCAAAGGGCAUUGCUUCUGCAAGGCACUGACAGCCUGAACCAGGCCACCCAGAGUACUGAGUGUUCUUAUUGGAUUGCCACAGAGACUGACUAGAUUGGCUCAGAAAUCAUAGAAGAGCUGGGUGAGCAAUGUGAUCCAUUGGAACGUACUAAGAGUAGGUUUGUAAACACAAGUGAAAACUUGAGCGAAAGUCGAAAGAUUCUCCGUUCAAUGUCCAGAAAAGUGACAACCAACAAGCUGCUACUUUCCAUCGUCAUCUUACUGGACCUGACCAUCCUAGUGGGUCUGGUUUAUUGCAAGUUCUUUCACAGGCAUUGAACUUCCUAGAGGGAAGGGUUUGUGGACCAGAACUUUGACCCUGUGAAUGAAUGGUGUUAGGGAUGGGGAAUAAGUGUAGUGCUGCUGUAAGGUAAUGGUUCAAGGAUGCACUGUGUAGCUAGACUGGGAGGAGGGAGGGAAGAUGGAAAACCACCUAACUGUGAAGGAACAGCAACAAGACCAGUAUGAUAUACCAAGGUAAAGAAAAAAAAAAGAAGAAGAAGUUCAUUAAUCCUCCAUUAGUACACAAACACACACAUAGAUACAAUGUCCACAAAUAUACAAAUAAA